GGCAACCGUGCACUGAGGAAUAUCUGGAGGAGGUACAGUUGCGGAGGGCUUUUCGAUACGCCAUGUUCCCACCGCUUCCGAUCGGUACGCGAUCAAGCGAGACACAACAUAACGCAGAUCUCUCUUGUUCGUUCUGCACGUGUGUGUUUCAACUUGUGUAUGCGUGCUAGACAUGAGUCGCAGUCUCGAGACAUAUGUCAAGGCACAUAGCAGCAGUAUCUGGCAUUUCACGGGGUGAGUAAGACAUCUACCUGCCUGUCUGCAUGUGUGUAUGCCCCUUCUCUCUCUGUUAUCCACCGUGCCUGUCAGUUCGGCACCUAUGGGCACUGUUGUUGACAACGAUUUCCGAGUCCGUGGCAUUGACAACCUCGCAAUAUGCGACGCAUCCGUCCUGCCGCAGGUCUCCACUCUUGAGACGGAUAGGAUGAUGGUUGGAUGAGAACUUACCGUUAUAUUUUGCAGGUCACCCGCGGUAAUCCCCAGGCAUCAAUCAUGAUGCUGGGGCGAUAUACUGGGAUGCUGCGGAAGCAAGAGCGUAAAAGGAAACAACACUUUGGCCUUUGAGAGAGGGAGAUACAUGAUGGCGGUUUUUGUUCUAGUACUGCAGUCAUGACCUGCUAUAUUAUGCUAGAGAGCUGUUCAUUCAUCGUUUUGAGCUGAUUAAGCUAGGAGCUUGGAUUUUGUGUGUGUGCAUUGCUUUGAGGGAAUCGCCUUCGUCUUAUUGUGAAUUGAACAGAAGGGUCUUGCCAUUCGUAAUCAAGGCCAGUCAGAGACAUGAUGGCUUUGGUGGAUUGACAAUGAAGUGGCUUCUGUCUCGCGGCAUUUUGCAUGUAUCACACAAACUGAUUCUUUUCAAUUUGAAUUCCCGUGCCG